UACGUUUUUCGGCCAUUUUAGCGGCCGCCGCUCAACCAAAAUGGUCGUCGACAAGAAUGCCUCCGGGCUUCGAAUGAAGGUCGAUGGCAAAUGGCUCUACCUUAGCGAGGAAUUGGUGAAGAAACAUCCAGGAGGAGCUGUUAUUGAACAAUAUAGAAAUUCGGAUGCUACUCAUAUUUUCCACGCUUUCCACGAAGGAUCUUCUCAGGCUUAUAAGCAACUUGACCUUCUGAAAAAGCACGGAGAGCACGAUGAAUUCCUUGAGAAACAAUUGGAAAAGAGACUUGACAAAGUUGAUAUCAAUGUAUCAGCAUAUGAUGUCAGUGUUGCACAAGAAAAGAAAAUGGUUGAAUCAUUCGAAAAACUACGACAGAAGCUUCAUGAUGAUGGAUUAAUGAAAGCAAAUGAAACAUAUUUCCUGUUUAAAGCAAUUUCAACACUUUCAAUUAUGGCAUUUGCAUUUUAUCUUCAGUAUCUUGGAUGGUAUAUUACUUCUGCAUGUUUAUUAGCACUUGCAUGGCAACAAUUCGGAUGGUUAACACAUGAGUUCUGCCAUCAACAGCCAACAAAGAACAGACCUUUGAAUGAUACUAUUUCUUUGUUCUUUGGUAAUUUCUUACAAGGAUUUUCAAGAGAUUGGUGGAAGGACAAGCAUAACACUCAUCACGCUGCCACAAAUGUAAUUGAUCAUGACGGUGAUAUCGACUUGGCACCACUUUUCGCAUUUAUUCCAGGAGAUUUGUGCAAGUAUAAGGCCAGCUUUGAAAAAGCAAUUCUCAAGAUUGUACCAUAUCAACAUCUCUAUUUCACCGCAAUGCUUCCAAUGCUCCGUUUCUCAUGGACUGGUCAGUCAGUUCAAUGGGUAUUCAAAGAGAAUCAAAUGGAGUACAAGGUCUAUCAAAGAAAUGCAUUCUGGGAGCAAGCAACAAUUGUUGGACAUUGGGCUUGGGUAUUCUAUCAAUUGUUCUUAUUACCAACAUGGCCACUUCGGGUUGCUUAUUUCAUUAUUUCACAAAUGGGAGGAGGCCUUUUGAUUGCUCACGUAGUCACUUUCAACCAUAACUCUGUUGAUAAGUAUCCAGCCAAUUCUCGAAUUUUAAACAACUUCGCCGCUCUUCAAAUUUUGACCACACGCAACAUGACUCCAUCUCCAUUCAUUGAUUGGCUUUGGGGUGGACUCAAUUAUCAGAUCGAGCACCACUUGUUCCCAACAAUGCCACGUUGCAAUCUGAAUGCUUGCAUGAAAUAUGUGAAAGAAUGGUGCAAAGAGAAUAAUCUUCCUUACCUCGUCGAUGACUACUUUGACGGAUAUGCAAUGAAUUUGCAACAAUUGAAAAAUAUGGCUGAGCACAUUCAAGCUAAAGCUGCCUAAACAAUCUGGGUGUUCAAAAAGUUUUUUCUUGUUUUUUUUAAAUUUAAUUCUUUGAAAUUAUUUGUUUUCCGUCAUUCUUCCUCCAUUCCCUUUUCUGGUAGAAAUAAAACCUUGUUUUUC